UGAAUUUAUAAAUCCACAACACAUGAUUAAAUUGACAAUAGACAUAGAUGUAUAGAUCAACAUAUUAAGUGUUAAGUAUGAUUAUCCUGUAGACCUACCUAGUACCUAGCAUAACUACUAUAUUUUAUUCCAAAUAAGUUUGGUAAAAAUCUCAACGGAAAUGCAUCUACAGUCUCGUUGGCUGCCAAUUUCUGCAGCGAAUCACAGAGGUCCUAUCAUUCUGAGGCUGCACAGUUUUUCCAAACUAUUCCAUUGUUAGACACUUCAAGGAAACAAAUUACCAUGAAACAUCCAAUUUUUGAACAAUAUUGUAUAAACUAGUUAUAAAAUUAUAUUUUUGAUUUUUGUGCUGAGGAUGACAUAUUAUAUAAAGUAUGCACAAUCUGAAUCUGUAUGGUGUCCAGUCUAAAGAUAUCUCAGUAUCAUUCAUCUUCAACUCCUCAUAACCCUUUGAAAAAUUGGACCAGUACCAUAUUUCUUAUAAUAUAAAAACAAAUAAUUUAAAUACAAAAUAUUCUGUGUUAUGUGGCCUUUUAACUUUAUAAUGAUUACACUUUUAGCUGUUACUGAAAUUAAAGAAGAAAAAAAUGAUGAUGACGUUGAUGUAGAAUUAAUCGAAGAUAAUAUCAAAAUUCCUGAGGAAGUGAAAAGCUCUAAAAGUCCUGAAGCUACUAAACCACAAUUGACGCAAAAUGUUCGGAAACCACAAUUUCUGUCAAAUAUUCACUCAAGUUUAGGUUUAAUUCAAAAUAAAUCUCCAAAAAAUCAAUCUUUGAAUGUACGGUACCGCCCUUAUAGUAUUCUACAAACCUCCAAGAAAAUGGUAAAAAUACCACCACAAAAGUCUAUGGAAAUUCGAAGUAACAUAACACACAAUGGACAGUCUCCAAUACAGCAACGAAGAGUUUAUGCAGGAUUCAAACAACGUAUACAGGUCAAAAAAGAUUUGAUGACUCCUGAAAUUAAAAUCAAUACUGCACAAUUGUCGCAAAGUAGUAAUACAAAUGAUUCUUAAAAUCAAGUGUACAUUUUAAAAUUGAAACAUUCCAAAUAUUUUUACUUUUAUUUAAUAAUUUUUUUUUUUUUAAGACUGUACUUUCGUAACAAUUAUUGGUAUUCGUUUAUGUAUAAUUAUCAUAUAAUACAAUUUUAAUGUGUAGCAGUUCGAAUCCUUCGUUCAAACUUCCUAUUUAUAAAAAUGUAAUCAUUUUAAUAUUAACCUACAAUUGAACAUACAAUAUUAUUUGGUUAAAAUGUUAUACAUGCCAAAUGUUUUUGUUCGGUCUAGAUAUUAUUAUGUGUUAUUGAAUAGUUUUAAGAGCAUAUAAUAUGUACCACUCUUGAAAACAAAAUUAUUAGUUGUAUGUAUUAUUCAAUUUUAAACUGGUUUUUAGUUUUUGUUCCACAAUUUUUACAAUUGUCGUUUUAUGUAUUAAAAUGUAUGUUAUGUUUUAGUAUUAUUAAUUAUUAUCAUUUAAAAAUAUUUUUACAUCAUUGUUUAGAUAUUUAGUUAAAUGUCUGGUUAAUUAAAUGUAAUUUAUGAC